ACAUGAAAACCCCACUCACUCCAGAAGUCUGCUCUUGCAUGAGUGAAUAGUUUACAUAUGGAAGAGACUGAUCAGCAGCAUCAUAAUCACUACUUUUCAGCAGUUUAGAGCCACAGGAUGCAAACUGAAUUUAUUCUGAUUUGUUUUUUCAUGCCUGUUUUCUCGGAGGGAUGCUGUGCAGGAAAUCAAAAAAAGACAAACUCAGAUUUUCAGCAAGAUAGAACAAACUUGCACUACAGAGCUGUCGAGGGCGAAACCUUCAUGGUGCCAUGUUUGGGCUUCAGAGCUGGAGAAUGCACAACAGGAAAUAAAGGGUUGCCCUUAAACUGUGGGAAGGCAUUUACUGCUCAUGCAAAACAUUCUGGAAACUACACAUGUGACACUGGUGGCAGCCAGAUUUUUUUCUUCCUACAGGUGCUGGAUAAAGACAGUCUGGGAUGCUUUCAUACUAAGGAGAGCAGCGUGAUUCUGCUCAUCUCUGCAGGUGGAACGAUCCCCUGCCCGGGUCAAGACUGUGGUAACAGCAAACACAUGAGCAGAACCAUAUGGUACAAGGGUAACAAACCGAUGUCUGCGCAGAACCGAGCUUACUGCGUAGAAAACCGGACGCUGCAUCUGUGCCAAGUCAGCGAUCUUGACCACGGAGUGUAUUUCUGUGACAGAAAUGUCAUUGAGGAAGGAAUCGAAUGGACUUUCAGGAGGGCUGUUCAAGUCACUGUCACACCAGCAAAUCUAAUAGCACCUUACCCUCCCACUAUUGUCGAGCCUGAUAACUAUACGAGCAAGGAAGUGGAGCUGGGUCAGGCUUACACUCUCACCUGUAAGAUAUAUUUUCCUGUUGAGGUAAAUAUCUUGUACAACGUAAAGUGGUUCAUGAACUACAAUGGCAACACAAAAAAUGUCAUCACACUGCACAUGGAGAAGCCACAACUGGACAGAAGGACAUUUGAAAAUGAGGUCAUACAGAAAGCUGUCAUAAAUGAUGUGACUGAACAACAUCUGAACCACACGUAUACCUGCUUUGCCAGUAAUACUGCUGGAAACAGCAGUGCCACGAUUGAGCUUAAGAAAGUAAUCAAAGUAAAAUGGCCGUCACUCAUCGGGUAUCCUUUUGUGGGUUUGCUGGUGAUAACAGGGGUGGGAGUUGUUUUGCAUGUGAAAUGGCUAGAACUACAGCUUUUCUACAGAUCUCACAUGCAAGAUGGAAAACAUGAUGAAGAUGAAAAAGAGUUUGAUGUGUUUGUGUCAUACGUGUGGAGCCCUGUAUCAGCAGUCAAGGCAGAUGUGACGGGACCCGACACUGAUGAGACAGCACGUCUAUCCGGCACACUUACUUCUAAGGAACAAAGCGAAACCCACACACCAUUAGCAGUACUCUUACCCCACGUGUUGGAGGACGAGUGGGGGUAUCGACUCUUUAUGUUGGAGAGGGAUGUGCUUCCUGGAGGAGCAUAUACAAAUGAUGUGGUCCUUGCUAUACAGAGAAGCCGCAUGCUCAUCUGUGUCCUGUCAAGCGACUACCUCUGUGACAGUAAUGCUGUGUUUAUUUUAGAAACAGGAAUCAAGGCAUUGCUUCAAAACUCUGUGCCCAAACUCCUGCUCAUUUGGACCAGUAGUACAUCAACGCGUCUCAUUCAAACAGACCCCCCGCUACCCAGGGUGGUCCAACGGGGCUUGAAGGUGCUACCCACUCUAAACUGGACCUCAGGAAACCUUUCUGGAGAGGCCAACCACAGUUUCUGGAAGUGUCUAAGGAAUGCCAUGCCCAGUCGGCAAAACCACUGCUUCAGACAAUCAGACUGUCAGUGGUAGCUGACACUACCACUGACAUUUGUUCAUGAAGACAAUGUGCAGCAAUAUUUAUUUUAAGAUAAAAAGAUGGAUUUACUGUUCAUACAUUAUCACAGAAACAGAUGCUAUAAAAGUUUUGGCAUUUCUGUGGUUGUCUCUGAAGAUUCACAUCUCUAAUUUAACAUACUGCCUUUAUGCUUCAACUAUAAACACAAAUAUUAAUAAACAUUUGACACAAUA